CGGAAGUUAUUUUAUUUUGAACUCUGGCUUCACUCUGCUGCUUUCACGUGUUUCCAUCAACGAGGAACAGCGGGAUAAAACCAUGACACAGUCAGACGGGAUCGUGAGGCCGAAAACGAAGCGCUCUAAACGCUUUCUUGAGAGCCGAGCACCCAAACUGAUAGAAAACGUUAAAAAUGGCAUGAUCAUUAAAGGAGGCAACACCAGCGAGACUGUCACUCAAGCCUUGAAGGAUGUGUAUGCUCUAAAGAAACCAGGUGCUGUGUUGUACAAAAAGAAAAACAUAGUAAGGCCAUUUGAAGACUCAACGGCGCUGGAAUUCUUCUCCAAGAAAUCCGAUUGUUCCUUGUUUCUGUUUGGCUCACACAACAAGAAGAGACCACACAAUCUCAUAUUUGGUCGCAUGUUUGAUUUCCAUGUGCUGGACAUGUUUGAGCUCGGCAUUGAGAAGUUUGUUUCUCUUAAAGACGUGAAGAAGGACAAGUGUCCCGAGGGCACCAAACCAAUGUUGGUGUUUGCUGGCGAACUGUUUGACACAGAUAAUGAACAUAAACGAUUAAGGAACGUUCUGACAGAUUUCUUCUGUGGUCCCAGAGUAAACGCUGUACGGCUGGCAGGACUGGAGCACGUGCUUCACUUCACCGCGCUGGACGACAAGAUUUACAUGCGCAGCUACAAAGUAUUGCUGAAGAAAUCUGGCUGUCGGACCCCCAGGAUUGAACUGGAGGAGAUCGGACCUUCCUUUGAUUUUGUCAUGAGGAGAAGUCACAUGGCCUCAGAUGACCUGUUCAGAUCUGCACACAGACGGCCCAAAGGCGUGAAGCCUAAGAAAAAGAAGAACAUAUCCCAUGAUGCCUUUGGCACCAGAUUGGGCCGUAUACACAUGCAGAAGCAGAAUCUGGACAAACUGCAGACACGUAAGAUGAAGGGCCUGAAGAAAAGGAAAGGAGAGAUCACGGCAGAUGUCACGUCACCCAAACUCCCCAGAACCGAUGAAUGACAUCACUGUGGUGUUUGAAUUAAACCCACACUGUUGCAUUGUGGGACUGUGUGUGUUUGAAGCUUACAAAUCCCAAACAGGCUUAGAAGCAAAACAGAAAAUUCAGUUGACGUAUGGAUGGCGGUUCUACUCUGACUUUAUCAUGGACUGAUAUUUACAGGGAGAACGAUUUCUUACACUCGAACAGAUUUACAUUUAUUACUGACUAACGCUUGAGUAUCACAUAUAUCGAGAUAUAAGUGUCAUUGUAAUAAAACGAUUUUUUCAAAACUAAUG